GUAAAGCGCGGCGGUCGAACGGCCGGUUCCGGCUGAAUGUCAGUGCGGGGCUGUGGGCCGGGGAGGAAGGUGCUUGGCGGUCUCUCCGCCGCCCCCGCCGCUGCCGGCUGAGCUUGAGAUGUCGCCGCGGACGCCGGGUCGCUGGGAGAAUCGGACAUGAAAACCUGAGGCGGGCGACGGGCCUGGGCUGCGGACAUGUUUGGCCGCUCGCGGAGCUGGGUGGGCGGGGGCCACGGCAAGUCCUCCCGCAACAUCCACUCCUUGGACCACCUGAAGUACCUCUACCAUGUUUUAACCAAAAACACCACCGUCACAGAACAGAACCGGAACCUGCUGGUGGAGACCAUCCGUUCCAUCACUGAGAUCCUGAUUUGGGGCGAUCAGAAUGACAGCUCUGUAUUUGACUUCUUCCUGGAGAAGAAUAUGUUUGUUUUCUUCUUGAACAUUCUGCGGCAGAAAUCAGGUCGUUACGUGUGUGUCCAGCUGUUACAAACCUUGAAUAUUCUCUUUGAGAACAUCAGCCACGAGACGUCGCUCUAUUAUUUGCUGUCUAAUAACUAUGUAAAUUCCAUCAUUGUCCAUAAAUUUGACUUUUCCGACGAGGAGAUCAUGGCAUAUUACAUAUCGUUCCUGAAAACACUGUCGUUAAAGCUCAACAACCACACUGUCCAUUUCUUUUACAAUGAGCACACCAAUGACUUUGCCCUGUACACAGAAGCCAUCAAGUUCUUCAAUCACCCCGAGAGCAUGGUUCGAAUUGCUGUGAGAACCAUCACCUUGAACGUCUACAAAGUGUCAUUGGAUAACCAGGCCAUGCUGCACUACAUCAGAGACAAAACUGCUGUCCCGUACUUCUCCAAUUUGGUCUGGUUCAUUGGGAGCCACGUGAUCGAACUUGACAACUGUGUGCAGACAGAUGAGGAGCAUCGGAAUCGGGGGAAACUGAGUGACCUGGUGGCUGAGCACCUGGACCACCUGCACUAUCUCAAUGACAUCCUGAUCAUCAACUGUGAGUUCCUCAAUGAUGUGCUCACAGACCAUCUGCUCAACAGGCUCUUCCUGCCACUCUAUGUAUACUCACUGGAGAACCCGGACAAGGGAGGAGAACGCCCAAAAAUCAGCCUUCCAGUGUCCCUGUAUCUUCUCUCCCAGGUCUUCCUCAUUAUACAUCACGCCCCACUGGUGAACUCUCUGGCUGAAGUCAUUCUGAAUGGCGAUCUAUCUGAGACAUACACAAAGCCUGCACAGGAUGUUCCCAGAAGUUCUGCCAAGCCCAGCAUCCGGUGCUUCAUUAAGCCCACUGAGACACUCGAGCGGUCCCUUGAGAUGAACAAGCACAAGGGCAAGAAGCGGAUGCAAAAGAGACCCAACUACAAAAACGUUGGGGAGGAGGAGGACGAGGAGAGAGGGCCUGCUGAAGAUGCCCAGGAAGACGCUGAGAAGGCUAAAGGUACAGAGGGUGGUUCAAAAAGCAUGAAGACAAGUGGGGAGCGUGAAGAGAUUGAGAUGGUGGUCAUGGAGCGCAGCAAGCUCUCAGAGCUGGCCACUGCUGGGGCCUCAGUGAGGGAGCAGAACACCACGGACGAGGAGAAGAGCGCUGCCACAGGCUCAGAGAGCACACAGUGGAGCAGACCCUUCCUGGAUAUGGUCUACCAUGCCCUGGACAGCCCUGAUGACGAUUACCACGCCCUCUUUGUGCUCUGCCUCCUGUACGCCAUGUCUCAUAACAAAGGCAUGGAUCCUGAAAAACUAAAGCGAAUCCAGCUCCCAGUGCCAAGUGCAGCUGAGAAAACCACCUACAACCAUCUGCUGGCUGAGAGACUCAUCAGAAUCAUGAAUAAUGCCGCCCAACCAGAUGGCAAGAUUCGUUUAGCCACACUGGAGCUGAGCUGCCUGCUCCUGAAGCAGCAAGUACUGACCAGCUCUGGCUGCAUCAUCAAGGAUGUGCAUCUGGCCUGUCUGGAGGGUGCAAGAGAAGAGAGUGUCCACCUUGUACGGCAUUUCUAUAAGGGAGAAGAGAUUUUUUUGGACAUGUUUGAGGAUGAGUACAGGAGCAUGACAAUAAAGCCCAUGAAUGUGGAAUAUCUCAUGAUGGAUGCUUCUAUCCUCCUGCCCCCAACGGGCACCCCACUGACUGGUAUUGAUUUUGUGAAGCGGCUGCCAUGUGGUGAUGUGGAGAAGACGAGGAGGGAGAAGUUCCCAGAAGCAGAAUUUCUGGUUCAAAGGGCCAUCCGAGUAUUCUUCAUGCUGCGGUCCCUGUCACUGCAGCUGCGUGGGGAACCUGAGACCCAGUUGCCACUGACUCGGGAGGAGGACCUGAUCAAAACAGAUGAUGUCUUGGAUUUGAAUAACAGUGACUUGAUCGCAUGCACAGUCAUCACCAAGGACGGCGGCAUGGUCCAGCGCUUCCUGGCUGUGGAUAUUUACCAGAUGAGCCUGGUGGAGCCUGAUGUGUCCAGGCUUGGCUGGGGAGUUGUCAAGUUCGCAGGCCUUCUGCAGGACAUGCAGGUGACAGGAGUGGAGGAUGACAGCCGUGCCCUGAAUAUCACCAUCCACAAGCCUGCCUCCAGCCCACACUCUAAGCCCUUCCCCAUCCUGCAGGCCACCUUCGUGUUCUCUGAUCAUAUCCGCUGCAUCAUCGCCAAGCAGCGCCUGGCCAAGGGCCGCAUCCAGGCCAGGCGUAUGAAGAUGCAGAGGAUAGCCGCCCUUCUGGACCUCCCAAUCCAGCCUACCACUGAAGUCCUGGGAUUUGGACUCGGCUCCUCCUCCUCCCAGCACCUGCCUUUCCGUUUCUAUGACCAGUGCCGCAGAGGGAGCAGUGACCCCACAGUGCAGCGCUCUGUCUUUGCAUCCGUGGACAAGGUCCCAGCCUUGUCCACUGCCUCAGAACACAGGCAGCCAAGAUGGCCGCUGGUGAGCUUUCUAUUGCCUUGGCUGAGAGACUGUUGUGGAGCUCUGUGCUCUCUCAUGUAUACACGGUUUUCACGUAUACCCCCUAAAAUCCAAGAGGAUUUGUCCAUGGAUAAAGAGCUAUAGGCUAUCAGAUUCUAC